AUGGUUCUCUCUUCAGGACUUACAACCGGUCUCCUGAGUGAAAUAACAUCUGAAAGUGAUUUUCCAACCGUCAAUCUGAAAGUUUUCACAUAUGCUGAGCUAGACAAGGCUACUAGAAACUUCGCUUUGGCGAAUCGCCUUGGGGACGGCGGGUCCAGUCAUGUUUUCAUGGGGUACAUUGAUGAGCGGACCUGUAGAGCUGCAAGCCUUGCAACUGGAACACCCGUUGCUGUGAAGCGGCUUAGAACCGGCAGCAAUCUGACUCAUGAUGAGUUGCUGAGCGUAGUUAAUGACCUCGGUCGCCAUGUUCAUUCGAAUCUGGUCAAGCUUAUUGGUUAUUGCUUGGAAGAGGAACAUAGGCUUUUGGUCUGUGAGUAUCUACCUAACGGAAGCUUGGAGGAUCAUCUUUUCAUACCUGAGCGUUUACCAUUGUCGUGGGAAACAAGGGUCAGAAUUGCCAUGGAUGUUGCUAGAGGCCUUUCUUUCUUACAUGGUCAACGAAUUAUAUUCCGAGAUUUAAAGGCAGCGAAUGUCCUACUAGAUUCGGCCUUCAAUGCAAAACUUUCGGAUUUCGGCUACGCAAAAAUCAUUCCUGGCGUUGAUCCAUCUCUCACUGAUCCAAUUUUUCGAACCCGAGCUUCCGGUAUUGAAGGAUAUCUUGCCCCUGAAUAUCUUGCUACAGAUCAGCUAACUUCAGCAAUAGAUGUCUAUAGCUUUGGAGUCCUAUUACUCGAACUGGUUUCCGGCCGCCGUGCUGUCCAACAAACAGAAUCUGGUAUAGAGGACAACAUAGUGGAGUGGGCACAACCGAAUAUUGGCAGUAGACACCUGUUGGACAAAAUCAUGGAUACCAAGUUAAGGGAGUACUCCCACGAGGAAGCUUAUGAAGUUGUGCUCAUUGCAUCGGAGUGCGUAGGUGAAAGGGCCCAACGACCGCGAAUGCGCAAGGUUUUAUCGGCACUGGAACAGCUUUGCCCUUCUCUUGUCCCUGCCAUUGCGUCAUCAAGCAGUGCUCCUGUUGCAUCAUCAAGCACUACACAUGAGCUUUCCUUUAGGACCCUACCUCAGCUUCAGUGUCCUCCCUCAAACAUAGUUUCAUCUCGCGAAGCACUUUCUCCUCCAACAAUGGGCUGCUGCUGUCACGUCAUCUGA